AUGCAUUCACGAAGUAUCCUGUUGCUUGGCCUAGGAGUUCUGCUCUCGGGCGCCAAUCCCAUUCAAGAUGGCCCUCACUCGGUGGAUAACGACAGAUAUGCUCCGAGAGAUCUCUCUGCAGCGAGAGACUAUUCGAACUCCCUGAGCCACGCCGCAACUCUUCCAAGACGUCAGCAGAUCAACGGCACGGACAUUUCCGUCCGUCGGGACUGUCCGUUCAGCCCGUGGGACGAGUUCUACAUCACCGACUUCCUCCAAGAACACUUCCACGACCUCUCCACGGCGGACCACUGCUGGAUCGUCAAAGGCGUUGCCGGGCUGAAGGAGUUGCUCCAGAGGAACAUCUCGGCCAACCCCUUUCUCAACGUCACCAUACCAACAUGCAUCUCUCUCAACAUCUCCAGCUCCGGCAACGCCUUUUCCAUCGACUUCUCGGACAACUCGUACCGCGUCAAUGGCAUCGGGGAAGACGAAUUCGUGAUUUUGACUUAUGUGCAUCUUGUCACCAUGACCGCGGCCUUCUUUCUCGCAUAUCCCAUCAUUCUCGUCCUGGCAUCGACACCGAGCUUGUGUAUCAUGAUCGACCGUCCGCUCCAGGAGCCCACAAAGAGGAAAGUCGAACGCUGGCAGACUAUCUUCACCGUCCUAGUAUUCGCCCCGCUUGCCACAGCCGGGCUUGUCACGGGGAUCAUCGCGAUGGGGGACUCCGAACACGCAAGAACAUCACACGGGAUCACCGGCUACAUCACCAUCGGCCUCGCCGCCAUCUCGGUGCCCCUCUACCUCUACCAGAAAUGGCUCAGCUCCCGCCCGGACCUCACGUUUCACAUGUACCGCAGGCUCAAGCUCAUCAACGCCGCCGACUUCCUCGUUUGCCAGGCCAUCCUGCUGAUCUCGGGCUUCGCCCUCCCCGACGGCAUCGACGACUUCGGGAUCAUGUCCAUCUGCGGCACCAACACCGUCUCCAGCUCGGUCGUGUUCUCGCUCGGCAUGAUCUUGUCCUUUGUCUGGAACUGCGCGAUGGCCACCAUGACGGUGCAGUGGCUGCUCGAGCAGCGGGUCAGGGGCGGGAGCCUCAGGGACAGAGCGCCUCCGUGGAUGCUCAAGAUUUUGAGGAAGCGGUCCGACUCGGAAACAACGUUCCAAUAA